AUGCCCCUCAUCAGCAAUCAGCGCGGUAUCUCCAUCCUCCUCCUCCAGCAGGCAGCCAUCGUCCAUCUCUUUGGCCUCAUAUGGGGCUUCUUCGUCCCAGCGACACCCUUCCCGCGAAUGGCACUCACGGCUCACAUCACAGCAAUGAGCGAUUCAAUGUCCCUGCUGCUGCUCGGGCUUAUCUUGCGAUUUGAAGGAUUGGUCAAGGUCGAGCAGUGGUGGAUGCGCGCUAUGAUAUGGCCUUCCCCAUUCUUCCUUUGGGCGACGGUCUUCAGCGAAUGUGCCAACUCGGUAUGGGGCGCGAACAAGAUAUUGCCUAUCUCUGCUGCCGCGUCGGGAGCGCACGGCGCAAAAGAGUGGCAAGAGACCGUCGUCACACUGUGCCAUGCGAUCGGAGGAGUAAACUAUGUAGUCUGUUGGGGCAUUAUCGUGUACGCACUCUUCGCUGGGGUUGCCGCACAAAAAGAAAAGAAAGAAAAAGAAGCAUAG